UCUGGGAGCCACUCUCUUCACGCUGACAAAAUUUUGGGAGGGAGAAACAAACAUCGCCGUCGAACCGAACAAAUCUACACGUUCAAACUGGCGUUUUAUCAAGAAAAGAACCAGCAAUGCGGAUCCUCCCGUUUGAGGGGUACAUGCAUGCGCUCAAUAGAACGUGAGCUGUUAUCCCCAGAUAACAUGACCGGCACCUCCUUUUUCUCUCCUGUGGUCACGACGAGCUCGGUUUUUUUUGUAGGCACGGCUCAUCCUACUAUUCUCAGCAAAGGCUUUGCCCAUCUCAUGUUUUAAAAAAAAAGUACCAAAAAAUUAACAUAGGCGCGCAUACGGCUUUAAAGUUUUCCAAGAACACAAGUAGGCUUCACGCGCAUUACUCCCCGUCAAGUUUCCAAUCAUCGAUCAUCGGUAAAACUGCCACACGAUACGCCGGAAGAGGAGAGGAAAUUCACUGUUCAGAAAUGAAUGUGAAAAAAAAAAAAAAAAGUUAAUGAGGUUCGCGUACAACGCGUAACAACCUCGGACCCCCAGCGGGAUAUUGUCCCUCUGCAACGCGCUCUCUGCUGCGCUUCCCUGUACUUUUGCCACCCACUGCCUUGAGCCAAAAUAAAUACCGGCUCAAGAUAAAAACUCGUAUAUACCAUCCCUCCAAUGAUUUGCGCAUGGAACGAGGCAUGUGGGUUGCACGUGACUGGGAGUUUUUAACAGCUGAAGGGGCCUCAUUAAAGUCCGCCAUCAUUAAUUCCUCGCUGGGGCGUAGGUGAGAGUGUUUUAUUACCAGCGUACCAUGGUGGUUAUGGAUUUGGCCAGAGCUCACCGACAAAACACCCUGCACAAAUUUCUCAUGUACAUUCUACACUGAGUCCUCUCGCCCCCCCUUUUAAUCCCCCCCACCCACUCUGCUCUCUCUUCAACAAUUCAUUCAUUUCUCGUCGGUGCACUUUUCUGACAUGGUUCAGUCGAAGAAAUUUAGGGGAGUCCGACAGAGGCACUGGGGAUCCUGGGUGUCUGAAAUACGUCACCCCUUACUGAAAAGAAGGGUUUGGCUUGGCACGUUCGAGACUGCUGAGGAGGCUGCUCGUGCUUAUGACGAGGCCGCAGUGCUGAUGAGCGGCCGCAAUGCCAAGACCAACUUCCCGGUCCAGAAAUCUGGCGACGCCCAACCUGGGGAGAAAUCAUCUGCCAAUGCUAAUUCCAGCAGCAACCUGUCCGAGGUCCUGAGUGCCAAGCUGAGGAAAUGUUGUAAGGCUCCAUCCCCAUCCCUUACCUGCCUCAGGCUCGACACUGAGAAGUCACACAUUGGAGUCUGGCAGAAGAGGGCUGGCGCCCGUGCUGAUUCCAACUGGGUCAUGACGGUCCAGCUCGGUAAAAUGGAGCAACCGGCACCGCCAAAAGAAGAUGCAUCGCCGUCUCCUUCGUCAUCAGCUGCAGGUGAAGGAACAUCGAGUCAGGGUAUCGGAGAAUCAGGAAUAGAUGAAGAGGAAAGAUUAGCAUUGCAGAUGAUUGAAGAGCUACUCAACAGGAACUGCCCAAAUUCCCCUGCGCAGGGCCAAGACAACUUUUUCAUGUAGUUUCGGUCAGUUUCAGGCCUGAGAUUUGGUCGGUGGGCUCCCCAUUGUUAGGUGGUGAAUAACAACACAUUAUAUCUAUUAUACACAUAAAAUAUCUCUUUCAGAGUUAAUUAUGAAGCUCAUCAAAGUCUAGCUACACGUAAGAGCCUUCCUGUAAUAUAUUUGUUUGUAUUGUGUCUAAAGGGAAGUGUGUUAUACGCUGCUUUCAGUUUGAUAGGUACAGGAGUGUAUUGUUUAUGUAUAAUAAAAGUACUUAAGAGUGAUAUAGAAGAACCUUUGCCUUA